AUGCGGAAAGAGUUAUUUUACCGCAUCUUGAAUGAUGUUGUCAACCACGAGCCAUACUUACGCCAAAAAAAAGACGGGCUCGGCCGACAAGGGCUAUCCCCUGAGCAAAAGUUAACCGCUGUCUUUCGUAUGCUCGCAUGGGGAUGCUCAGCUAACGUGACCGACGAGUACUGUAGAUUGGGUGAAAGAACAACUCUUGAGUCACUCCAAAAGUUUUGUUGCGCUGUUGAAGCCGUGUAUGGCCAAUGGUACCUCAGGUCUCCAAAUCCAGCUGACCUUUACAAGCUAUUGCACAAGGCAAGCAGUCGAGGCUUCCCAGGCAUGUUAGGAAGUCUUGACUGCAUGCACUAG